AUGCUGGUGCUGCGUCGUAGCUUGCUAACGCUGCAGCGCUCCUCGCGGUUGUUCUCCAGCGCUUCAGAGUCGCUGUCACUCUCGCACCUGUCGCAUCAGAGCUGUGUGCAGCUCCAGGCGGGUGAUGCAGCGCGUACAGACGUGGAGAUUGUGCCGGUUUUAAGUGCCAACGACUUUGCUCUGCGUCUCUUGCUGCCACACACAGUCGAUCUGAACUUGGCGGUGGCUAACGGUAGCGUCACCCUUAAAGACAAAAUCGAAGGGGAUGUCAAGGUGGUUGUGGGUCGUGGAGACAUUGAGGUUAGCAAGGUGCGAGGUACCAACGUGAGCUUGAAGACCAACGGAGGGAAAAUCGACGUGCUGGCGCUGGUGGAAGGCGAGACGGUGCGACUGGAGACCAAUGAGAGUAUCAAAUGUAAGAGACUUAUGGCAGGAAAAGCCGAGGUGAAGCUGGGCAAGGGAGAGGCCUCGGACUCGGAGUUUGGCGCCAUCUAUGCGUCGACAUGCAACGUCGUGUCAACGAACCAGUCAGGCCAGUCCAAGCUACGUGUUGGCAACGUACAUGGCUACCUUCGAGUGUCCAGUGACGGACUCAAGAGUGUGGAGGUGGACAGUGUGACUGGCGCUUUGGAGGUGGAGGACAGCGGUGACAAGUGCGACGUCACAGCGCACUUUGACUCGUGGACUAACGACGCCUCCAGCAGUAUCCUUGUGCCUGGAGACGUGCGUGUUUCACUCCAACCGGCAGCAUCGAUCGAUGUGGAACUCCACGGCACGAAAGUCACGGUCGGAAGAGACUGUGAAUUCGUCACUAGCGAGAUGGACCAGCUGGAUGAGGACUACGCGGUCUUCACUGGCGAGCUCCGGGCCCAAGACGGAGCUCUUGCAGCGGCAUCGAGCUCUUCGGGUAAGAUCAACGUGGACAGCGCCAAGGGCGAUGCGAUGCGCACCUCUUUCUUUAUGAAAGAGAAUGCGAAGGAUGACGAGGAGGCCAAGACGCCGAGACUGUUUGUCCACGCGCUCAGAGGUGAGGUGACGCUGGAUCAGCUCAACUGGAUGGACAACAUCAAGCGCAAACACCUCCAGAGAUAG